UGUGAUUAUCUAAUAUAAGUCAUGUACAUAAAGUGUGAAUUACCAGAUGUAAAAUGGGGGCAUCCUGUGUGAUAACAAUAUAAAGUGCCUGUAUGUAUGCAUGCCGUGAAGUGUCAUCAUUUAGUAUAGAAGAAUAAAUUUGUUAUAAGUUUCUCGAUCUUUAGCUUGCACAAAAUUUACAUGGAUAGAAUACAUCAAGCAAUUUUUUUUUUUUAGCAUAAAUUGCCCUAAAAUCUGUAGCUUUUUCCCACAGCAUUUAAAAUGUACUUCACCUCUGUUUAAUCUAAUUGAUCAGCAUUACAGAACUGUUUAAAUGUCCGUAUUGCAAUAUCAAGCGAUUCAGGAUGGCAAACCUGCUUCCUGAAGUCUAGGAAUUUGGGUUUUACAAUAGGGGUUGGUCCUGUAUUCUGUUGUGGGAUCUUAAACAGGAAAUGAUCAUCUAAAAAUCGCUUGCAUGAGCACGCUCAGCUGUCAUUUUUAAAACGAGGAGCACGCCGAACAGGAUUCCAUCUGCUCCCAUUAUUCACCAUAUAACUGAUGGCUCAGUGCCCAAAAACCAUCCUCUCCCUAACUGCAGAAGAAGUUCUUGCGCUGAAAAAGGGCAUCAACUUCAAGAAGAACCAGGAGGAAGGGAAAUGUUACAUCAUUUACAAGGAUGACCGAGGCCUCAGGGCUUGCAGGAACCAGUGCAAACACCAAGGAGGACUCUUUAUUAAAGACAUAGAGGAUAUGGAUGGCCAAACAGUGCGAUGUACGAAACACUACUGGAAGCUGAAUGUCUCCACAAUGCGAUAUGUGAAUCCCCCGGACAGCUUUGAGCAGGAUGAGCUUGAUAUCAUUUGGGUGGAUGGAGGUAUCGAGCUGGUCGAACUCAACCCCCCAGAUCCUUGGCUUAGUGACCCCAAGAUGACAGAGGAGCUCUUGCCUGGAGAAGUGACUAUCACAUACAUGACCCACGCGUGCAUGGAGCUAAAAUUCGGGGGCAAAACGAUGUUCUUUGACCCCUGGCUUAUUGGCCCAGCAUUUGCUAGGGGCUGGUGGCUGCUUCACAAACCUCCAGAAGACGCCUUUGAGAGGCUAUGCCGAGCCGAUGCCAUCUACAUCAGCCACAUGCACUCUGACCAUCUAAGCUACCCUACCUUAAAAAUGCUGGCUGCCCAUCAACCAGAUGUGCCCAUUUAUGUUGGAGACACAUCUCGGCCCGUCUUCUGGUACCUUGACAAGAGCGGCGUGCAGCUGACCAACAUCAAUGUCGUCCCCUUUGGUGUCUGGAGAAACAUUGACGAGCACUUGCGAUUCAUGAUUAUGAUGGACGGUGUGCACCCUGAAAUGGACACCUGCAUUAUUGUGCAAUACAAAGGUCACAUGAUCCUGAACACAGUGGACUGCACACGGCCGAACGGGGGAAGGCUACCUGAGAAUGUGGCUCUAAUGAUGAGUGACUUUGCCGGGGGGGCCUCAGGCUUCCCCAUGAGCUUCACUGGAGGCAGAUACACAGAAUCAUGGAAGGCCGAGUUCAUCAGGAAUGAAAGGAAGAAGCUCCUGAACUAUAAGGCCCAGCUGGUGAAAUCCUUGCAACCCAAGAUCUACUGUCCUUUUGCAGGCUAUUUUGUCGAAGCACAUCCCUCAGACAGGUACCUCAAGGAGACAAACAUGAAAAAUAACCCUGAAGAGCUCAAUUCAUUGAUCAACAAGCUGAGUCCAUCCACUCUUACCUGGACUCCAAAGCCAGGAGCAGUUCUGGACCUGGGCUUAGCACAGAAAAAUCCCAGUGACAGUAGCAUGGCAAUUACAGAUCCUCCACCUGGUACGCAGCUCUAUAUGGACACAUGGGACUUUGACCUGUAUGUGAAUAACCUCAAUGCAGCCAACACUGAAGACAUAUUUAAGCAUGACAGCUGGAUCCAGUUUUACUACAGCUGGGCUGGGUUCCUGGACUACAAUCUGGUUGCACGGGUUAUAGAAACGGACGAGGAAUUUCAGCCACUUCCCGGUGGCUAUGACUACCUCGUGGAUUUCUUAGACCUUUCUUUCCCUAAGCAGAGACCAGAGAGAGAACAUGCUUAUCUGGAGGUGAGAAACCGGGUUGGAGUUAUUCGCCAUGUAGUGAGGAACGGCCUCCUCUGGGAUGAUCUUUACAUCGGCUUCCAGAACAGGAUCAGCAGAGAGCCAGACAUAUACCACCACCGUUUCUGGAAUCAUUUUCAGACCCAGCUACCUACAGUUGGACCGGACUGGGACUCUUUUCUGCAGAAAGUGAAAAUGGAAGAGUCAGAAGAGGCAGGAGUAAACAACUGCAAGUUGUUUUAGAGAACCAUCAUUGAGUCUUCAUAGCGAGCAAGACAAAGAUACUGUUAAGAGAAGGUUAAUGUGCAGCUAUAUCUGUGUGUGAGGCUACAUGUUAAAAAUGAAGAACCAUUUUGCUUCUAUAAUCAUGCGGUAGUGAAGGAGGGUCCCUCUGCUUUCAUUUGGGGGUCCCUAAUUUAAGAAUUAAUGAAGAAUUCACUAGAAGACCUACACUUUAGAAUGAAUGAUUUUUUUUUACUAGUGCUUAGUGAUUUACUUUGGACAAGAUCAUUUUAGUACAGUGGAAACCACUUAUAGCGAUCAUGGUUAUAGUGAUCAGCUGCUUAUAUGGAUCAAAAGCCUGAGACGGCAUCAAUGCUAUUCAAAUAAUUUGCUUAUAGUAAUCAAGAAGUCUGCUUACAGUGUUCAUUUUUUGUCUGAAAAAAAUCUAAAAUUAUGAUACAGUAAUGCAGAACUCAUGACAGGAAAAAAGUCUCUUUUUUUGUAGAUGAAGUUCGAUUUCAAAUUCUGCUACCUCUUCGGCAUUUAUAGUCUAUGGUUUAUUUUCUGUUCUGUUUAAAAAUUGAAAAAUGUGCAGAAAGACAUGGCCUGUAUCUGCACUGCUGAUGCACAGUGUUUCACAAACUCCUCAAUACUUUUAUGUUUUAGGCUAUAAACUAAUAAUGAUUUGAAUUACAGUAAGUUAUAUUUUGUAGACAUUACUGUACUGUAUUAAUGUAUUUGAAUUAUGCACAGUUCAGUAGUUUAAUUUGAAGAGUACUGUAAUUUGAAAAGCAUUCAAAACAGCUGUACUAUACUUUAAAAGAGUCAAUAAAAUUUGGUAACUAGUGACAGUGUCAGCUCCAUUACUCUAAAUUAAUGUAAUAAAUAUACAAAUAUCUAUCAGAUGGUAAUCUGCCUGAUACAUAAAGAAAUAGAAAAAAUUGGUUAUAAUGAUUAUCCGCUUGUACUGAUGAAUUUCACCCGGACAGAUGUGAUCACUGUAAGCGGAUUCCACUGUAUUCAUUUGAUUUAUUUCAGAGUCUGAUUUAUGUAUAGCUAACAAGUGUUAUAAUCACUGGCAGUAUCAUUUUAGAUAGAGGGACUUUUACCAAUGCCCAAGAGCAGCUUCCACGUAUCCCAUCAUGCUCUAGACUGGGAGACACAUGCACGUAUAAACAGUUGGUGUUGAGGGUCGUGCUGAAGGCUGAUCAGAUUACUCUCCCGAACACGGGCACAUUUCCAUAACCUGCUGAACGGUUUUGGGAUUACAAGCGAUCAAUCUAGGGAUUUUACUUUAUCCCACUGUGAUUUAUUUGUGAUUUAUAAAUGCUUCUCUGAAUGAACAAUUUGUCAUGAUGUAUAUAAUUCAUUGUAAACUUAAUUAUUCCUCAAAAUGGAAUUUUCUUGGUCCAAUCAGAGAUCUUAAUUAAAAUGUAAC